UCGUCACCUUUCGCCCCCUCGGGUUUCCGGUCCCGUUUUCACUGGAGACCGCCCGUUUUCUUAACUCCUGGAAAACUAUAGAAAGACGCCCGCAGACGGACUUUCUUUGCUCGGGCGACUCCGGAGAACAGUUGUUGCACUUUUUUUUUUUUUCUUUUUAAUCAGGAGGAAAUCAACUAGUGUUUUAAUCGAUGGACCUGGGACGGUGGGAAGGGCGAACGCGUGCGUGUCUCGGUUUGUGUGUGCGUGUAAUGUCCGGGAAGGGGGCACACUGGGGGUGUGUCGACAGAGGAAGAAAUGAGCAGCCGGGCCAGAGCGUGCAAAAUGCUCCUGUCGUGCCCUCUUGCUUCCCCAGAGUCCUUUGGCAAGUCGCUCCUUGCCUGGCAAUCUCCCCAAGCCCGGGCUGGAGGGGGGCCGGGUUCCGGGCCCUGGGCCAGGCCGGGGAGGGCAGCCCAGGGGAAGCUUGGCUCCGACUCCCCUCCCCGCCUCUGGAGCCCGGCUAGAAAGAAGAAGACCCGGGCGGCAGGCAGGGGAGCCGAGACUUGGGGAUGGAGACGGUGGGGGUCUGGGACUUUCUCACUUUGGCAGUUCCUGAAGCAUCCUCAGCUCUCCGAAUGCCGCUCCCAGUAACUCCGGGCCUUCCCUCCACCCCACCUCCUUCCUGCCUCCCAUCUUGUAGACACUUGGCAUUGAACCUGGGGCGCGUCGGUGAGCGUGUUCGGGUGUGUGGUGGGCGUGCAGCAGGGUCUUGCCACUUGCGUCCUGGCUCUUGGGAACCGGACUGUCUCGUUCUUUCCCGCUCCCCCCUCCCCUCACCCUGACCCUCGUUCCACGUGUGCCCUCCCACCCCUACCCCUGUGAUUGGGAUCCAAGGAAGCCAAGGCGGUGCCGGGGUUGAGGCUGCGUGGUUGACCAGAUUGAUACCCUGACCUCCGACCUCCAGCUGGAGGAUGAGAUGACCGACAGCUCCAAAACAGACACCCUGAACAGUAGCUCCAGUGGCACGACCGCCUCCAGCAUCGAGAAGAUCAAAGUGCAGGCCAACGCACCCCUCAUCAAACCCCCAGCGCACCCGUCUGCGAUCCUCACCGUCCUGAGAAAGCCAAACCCUCCGCCGCCUCCCCCGCGGUUGACCCCGGUCAAGUGUGAAGACCCCCCGAGAGGGGUGCCUGUGGCCAAUACCCUGAAGACCAAUGGCACUCUCCUGCGAAACGGAGGCUUCCCCGGGGCACCGAACAAAAUUCCAAACGGAGACAUCUGCUGCCUACCCCCCAGUACCUUGGACAAGGCUCCCGUGCAGCCUCUGACGCACAGACCUGACAAAGACAGGUGUCCCCAGGCAGGGCCUCGGGAACGAGUUCGGUUUAAUGAAAAAGUGCAGUACCAUGGCUAUUGUCCCGACUGUGACGCCCGGUAUAACAUAAAAAACAGGGAGGUCCAUUUACACAGCGAACCUGUCCACCCACCGGGGAAGUUUCCUCACCCAGGCCCUCCCCUCCCUCCUCCGCCCCACCUCCCUCCUUUUCCGCUGGAAAACGGGGGGCUGGGAAUAAGCCACAGUAACAGCUUCCCCCCUCUCAGACCUGCAACUGUGCCUCCUCCCACUGCACCAAAACCACAGAAGACGAUCUUGAGGAAAUCAACCACUACAACAGUGUGAUGUAUGCCAUUUCCAAAACCUUUUCGUUUUUUUUGUGUUUGUUUGUUUUUGUUUUUGUUUUUUAAUUUCUAUACUAUAAACAUAAAAUAAUAAGUAAUGAGCACUUUCUACUCAAGCAAUAAAAAGCCCAAAUAUAUUAAUCCUGCAUUCAGCAAAGUGGCAUAAAAACCACCUGGUAAGUAUGCACUAUGUCGUUUAUAUCCCGGGUACACGGUGUUUAAAACAGUUGCAACAUCAGAAACCACAGAACCAUGAAAAAGCUGCGUUUUUUCUUUCUUGCACCCGACCUCGGAGAAACAGUGGCCUGUAGAUUUCAAAUGGUUUGAUUUACCAUCAGAGGUGGAAUUAGAUUCAUUUUAUUCAUGCCUAACUCAUCUAUGCACUAAUAACAUGUCACCCUCCUAACUUUGGCCUGAUGCUUUUUAGGAAGAAAUUUUAAUACCGGAGGACUAUUUUAUUAUUUUUUCUAAAGAUGUUUGUCACUAGUUUUACAUUAUGAAAUGCCGAGAACAGUACCAAAAAGUUUAUUUUCUAUACUAUCCAAUAAUGAUUAUAUGUUUCCCCUAUAUAUGUAAUGAAAGAUUUUUGUCUGUGGAAAUAUCAUACGUCAAUAAACGACAGUACCUAAUGGCAAAAGCACGCGUUCCUCAGAGCGGAAAUGAAGCAGUGGUUCAUUGAAUCCUGUGUGAAUAUUCAUCAAAAUGGGUAGCUACUCUGAAAAAGUUUGGAGAAGAUUACAGUGAGUAUCCAGCAGCAGUUUCUAAAUCAAAUAUCAUUAUCAGGUCAUAAGUAGUAUUUUCACAUUAUCAUGUUAUGCCUUGUGGUACGCCAAGGCCAUAUAUUGAAGGUCUCAUUGACCAAAUACAUGGCCAAACCCUUUAGAUCCUCCUCACACUUCGCGUCCCUACCAGUCACACCAUAAACCUGAACACUGAAGCAGUGGGAUGAUCUGCCUCCUUCAACAGCAAGUUCUCUGCCUCCCCAAGGGAAUCCCCAUUUAUAAGAGAAUCAUAGCGGAAAAUAAAGAUGCUUCUGGAAUAGGACAUUCUUAGUAUCAGCCUUAAUGCUGUUUCCCCUCACAGUUGAAAUAUGCCAGGGAUCUUUGUUAUUUUAUAGAAGCAAGAGAAGACAUCCUUUCCUCCUGACAUCUUACAAAGGUCCUUCUCUUAAGGCUAACUUGCCAGCUUAUGUCACUUACCCACCCGUGGAUCAAGUUCACUUCCCAACUACUGUGAUUUGGACAGAUUGCGUAUUUUGUUUUGGAACUAGAGAUGAGUUCAUCUGUCCUAGAAUCGUGAUGACAAGUGCAUACCUGAACAAAAGUUUUCCAUUAAUUGGCAAGAGGAGAGGGAGUUCUCUUUGGUGAAAUUUGGUUUAUUGAGCAGCUUAAUUAAAAAAGAUACUAUAAUUUUGGGACUAUUUGGCUUUUGAUCUCAAAAGUUUAAUUUUUGUUGCUACAAGGAGGCUGUCUUGUUUCUUUGUCGCCUUUUUCAAGCCAUAUGAUGGUAAUCUGGAAUACUGUUUUUCAACAACUUCUUAUUAAAAAAUGGUAAUGUCCGUUAGGCAGAAUAACAGAGGGAAAAUGACUUUUUGAAGGAACAAUUAAAUGAGUAAAAACACAGAAGAUGUCAUGUUACAAAUUUAUUCAGCAUGAUUUCUUUCCUGUGUGUAUUGGCUGUGAAGAUAACGCAAGCACUAUAAAUCCUUUUUUUUUUUUUUCCAGAAAGUUACAGAAUGUAAGACCAAUAAUAGAGAAGAGCCAUAAUUUCAAAUAUAUUAAUUAUGUGAUAACUAUAUUUAAUAAAUUUGACCCAAGUAAACACAGAAUUGACUUUCCUAAUAGCAAGCUAAUAUAUUCUUAAUUUUUUCAUGAAUUCACUUAGACUUAUUAAUAAACCCAAACUUUCAUCAUUUUCUAGAUUUUAGUAAUUACUUUCUUUCAAAUGUGCAGCCAGUGUCAGACCAUAUGGUAUCACAAACAGUCUUGGAAGACACGCAGCUUUCUCCCUUCAGCUCAUCUUCCUUUCACAGCAAGUUACCAUGACCUAAUAAUUAGCUUUUCAUUUGAAAUGUUGACCCCUGUCAAUGUCGGGGAGCCAGUCUGGAUCUCAAGGUAAGAACUUCCCAGCGAUCACAAAUCCCUCACAGAGCAAGUAACUCAAUUACAAUGAAGUGGGUUGAAUAAGCUGACUAAUUCAAGCCGACGGAAGAAGGACCUUGAACCAGGUGCUUAGUCACAACCUGUGAGGCUCAAAUUCAUCUCCCAUUCUCAAAGUAGAGUCAAAGGUACCCCAUGAACAACCAUCUUUUUAAGCGUCAUUGUUGACAUUGCUAAAAAUGGCAGUACCCGUUCUCAUUCAACACUUGUCCAAGCAGCUUUUGGCCUAAAAGGCCAAGUUAAAUCCUAACCUAAAAGAGUUAAGAGGGGAUGAACUUCUCUUAUUGGUUUAUUAAAUACUCAGAUUCAAUGUUAGAUUAUAUCAGUGUUGGGACUUUCUUUUAAGUUUAUUUAUUCCAUUAUUUCAUUUUUUUCUUCUUCCAUUAAGGUUUGAAAUACAUUGGGUCAAUAAGGUUUUUUUCGUUUUGCUUUCUUUUUCCCCGGCAGAUCACUUUGAAACAUUCACCGGAACGUAUGUUUUUAAAUAGACAUAAACUUGUAAAACAGGGAAUGCAACUAACCGAGGGCAACAUAAUAAACUUAUAAUUAAAGUGUUGCAGGUGGCCUUGCAACUUCUGUCAUCAGCCAACAUGGCUUUCAAAAUUCUAAUUAUCUAAUGCAGGCUCUGUACAUCGGCCAUUAAAUUAUUGUAAAACAUGGUUCAUGGUUGCUCUUCCCAAAGAUCCCAAAGCAAACCCUUUGGGGCAGUUCUUUUUCCCACUGUGCAUUUGAAGACUUACAUGACCAAGCAGAGUGAGCACCACUGAGUUAGCCUCUAUCUCUUUGGAAGGUGAUGUUCCUACAAAAUGUCCAAAAUGUUCCUACAAAAUGUCCAAGGAUAAGGCUGCCUGUGGCAACAUUCAUUUGAGUGAAAGGUAGAACGUGGACUUUUUUUUUUUUUUUUUUUUGAGUAGCAUCUCUUAAUUAAAUUGGAAAAGGAAAGCAUUUCUCUUGCUAGUUUAAACAACGAUGAUCCUAUUUUGGGAAUGGGAGGUUAUUGUAUCUUGUCUGUUGAAAGGCGAAAAGAAAAGAAAAACUGACCAAAGUUUUCUUCCAUCCCCUAGCAGUGGCAGCAGUUAUAGAAGGAGAUAAAACUGAUAUUCUUUUUAGAUCAUGCUUAAGUUAAAUUUAAAGUAUCUGCUCAAAAAUACUGGGCAUGCAGAAAGAAAAAUUCCCCACUCUUUCAAUUUGUUGUUAUUAUAUUCAUACCUUCCCUCAUUAGCUUAACAUCAUUCUAGGGGAAAAAAUGAGUGGUGUUAACUGAAGUGGUUUAAUUAACCUAAAAAUUCUUAUGUUUGAAUUAUGUCUGCAUCUAAUUAUUUAAUGAAUAAAGGAAUAGGGCACUGUAUUAUAGGACUUUCUUUGGACAGACCAACAGUUGCCUUUAGCAUUACCAAGAGCAGUAGCUAUGCACCGUCUUUGAAACUAUGCAAGACCUUUUAUCUACAGAUUCUAAUUAUGUAGUUCUUUUUGGAUGCUCUGUGAAGAAAAGCCUGAGUAGCUUCACAUGCAUUCGCACUGGGAAUGAUGUAAUCAAGUCAUGAGUCACUGUCUGGACUGAACUUUUUCCGUGGAAUACAUGCACUACUGCAACGUCAAGUCUUCUACUUGUCCCGGUUCCGUUCUUUCUCCUGACUCUGUUGGUAGCACCUUUUGCUCUAAAGUACACCCACAUCUGUAGCAGGAGUUUGCAGUGUAAUGUACUUUGGUAUGUACUGAUGAUUUCUAAGUGAGGAAAUGAUUUACGAGAAUAAAGUUGCAUUAGAAACCUACAUCA